CGCGUGAUACUUAAAAAUAUGAAAUUGAAAAUAUUUCCUCAAUUUGUCUCGAGUGUGGGAAGUAAUAACUGAACCUUGUUACUAGCAAAACUGAACCCAAAAGGCAGAUGGUGAGGAAGGUAGUUGCUUCCUUCUGAUCACAUUGUGACGCACUCCUCUCCAUCGUGUGAGUAGCCAGUAGUCAAGCUGCGACUCAAGAAAUCUUCACCACAACAGCCAUGGUUGAUGCCGUGGUGAUGACCCUACUGUGUGCUGCUGUAGCAGGUUCCGCUACCAGCAGUAGUUGCAGCAACUGUGACGGUAACAACGUGACCUGUGUUGACGGUGUGUGUCUACCUCGCUGUGUCAGUGUGACGUCAUCUGGAGAGUGUCUCCAGUGUCUGGACUCCAGGUUCUAUGGUAAACAGUGUCAACAUGACUGUCCAGACACCUGUCUCAACUCUCGCUGUCAGAUGAACAACACCCGUGUUGUGUGUACAGAGGGAUGUGUGGCCGGCAAGAAGGGAGAUAACUGUGGUGUGAACUGUCCUACAGCCUGUACACAGUGUGAACGUUAUGGUGAUGGUUGUACAGGACCGUGUCAGAAUCCCCAGUAUUACGGUCAACACUGUAGAACACCUUGUCCCUCCAACUGUACAGGUGGAUGUAAUAGGAUCACAGGGGAGUGUGGCAGCUGUGAGCCAGGGUACACAGGGGACAAGUGUGAUGUUACCUGUCCCUCCAACUGUAGAGGUGGAUGUAAUGGGAUCACAGGAGAGUGUGACAGCUGUGAGCCAGGUUACACAGGGGACAAGUGUUAUGUUACCUGUCCCCCCAACUGUAGAGGUGGAUGUGAUAAAGACACGGGGGAGUGUGGCAGUUGUUUUGAAGGGUACAGAGGGGACCACUGUGACAGCUGUGAACCAGGUUAUACAGGGGACUACUGUAACAUUACCUGUCCCCCCAACUGUAGAGACUGUGACAGGGAAACAGGCGAGUGUAUACACUGUGUUGAAGGGUACUGCAAGGGUGGAUGUGACGAGCAGGGAGAUAACUGUAACAGCACAUCUUGUAAAACAACAUGCCGAGCAAACUGUAAUGUUUAUGACUUCACACAAAACCAGUGCAGUGGACCUUGUAUCAACGCCAACUACUAUGGAAAGAUAUGCACCAUUCCAUGUCCAGAUAACUGUGACAAAUGUGAGAAAGACUCUGCGAGAUGCCUCAACUGUGCACCAGGUGUGAGAGGGGAACUGUGUAACGAGUCGUGCCCAUCUAACUGUAAACUGUGCGGUCGCUAUGACAACAAAUGCAUUGGCCUCUGUCACGACAGUAACUACCACGGAGUGAGCUGCUCCGAUCCAUGUCCCGUCGGCUGUGAAGGGUGUGAGAAGGACACUGGACUGUGUAUCGGUUGUGCCCGGAGCUUCAGUAGGACAUACUGUGAUGAUAUGUGCUCUCCGUGUUCACAGGACACGUGCCACAGAGAACCUUGUCAAAAACGUUCACCUGAACACACUUUGGUUAUUUCUUUUGGGGCAUUAGCAGGACUCCUAUGCUGCACUGUUCUAGCCAUGAUCAUCAUAUUUCGGAUAUAUGUGAAGAGGAGAAACACAGAUACUCCUUUCUUCAGGAACAUUUCAAGAACAAUCAACAGCACCAAUGCUACGUACAGUGAGAUAGAUGACAGUUUAGUUUCACCAUCACGGCCAACGAGACCUGCUUUACCUCUGAAAGAAAUCCCCAAGAAAAGGAGGGCUGUCUUGGAUGCAUCGGCGCUUCCCGAGAUGGAGAGUGUUUCUUGCUGUGAGUCGAUCCAGAAUGAAUGUGAUGCUGAUGUAGCCAUGUCUGAACAAAUCCAUCACCUGACUGAAAAGACUGAUUCAAUAAUCUUUAUUGAAGAAAACUGUGACUUGUCAAAUGUGAAUGUAAGAUAUCUUACAACGGACACACAAACAUAACCCAGGAUGUGAAUGAAACGUUUGAGGAGUGAGCGUUUUUUGAGAAGUGAACUAUUUACAUAUCUUCAUAAACAUGAAGCUUGAACAUCAGUUUGUCGCAAUGCCUGGUCUGAUGCAACUGUCCUGUCACAAAACAAAACAAAUCCAACUUAAAUUAUUAGGGCCAUCCUUAUUUCAAGUGUACAUGAAUAAUGUAACAACUUUCAAAACUAUCUGUAUCACUGGAUGCUUCGCCUAUGAUACAUAGAUUGGAACGUCAACAACUGAUACGGCUGAAAUUGUUCACAUAUAUAAUUCUAUGAGUUUACCUUAAAAUUGUUCGAAUGAACUUUUUUUGAAAGACAUUACAACAUAAAAUAGUUUUGCAAACAUCAGUCGGGAUUCACUGACCUAAGGUUGUCACCAAAUUUGUUACUCGCCAUGUUAACAAGCACUUUUGUGGGACAUUUUGUGACAUUGCAAACACAUGCGACAUGUCAUAAUAUAAAGGCACACUGGAAAAUCUCAUAAAACAGAGUAUGGCACAAAGGUGCAUUGGAUAGGUAUGACAUAAAUAUGCAUUGGAUAAGGUUAUGCCACAGGGUACGGCAUAAAGGUACAUUGGAUGAGAUUAUACCACAGAGUAUGACAUAAAAGUACACUGGAUAAGGUUAUACCACAGGGUAUGACAUAAAGGUACAUUGGAUAAGGUUAUACCACAGGGUAUGACAUAAA